AUGGGACAAAGCCCAUCUGUUCCCCAAGCAGGAACAAGCAUCCAGGUCAUCGGAGCUGGACUCCCACGCACCGGAACCGCAUCAUUAAGUGCUGCUCUGGAGAUCCUCCUUGACGGCCCCACCUUCCACUGUGGGACACAAGCUACCCUAGGGCCCCCUGUCCAACGCCAAAUAUGGAUGCAAGCACUCAAGCACUGGGCCGCAGGAGAAGAAGCCGAUCAAAAAGCCGUCCUGGGGCUCCUGGCGCGCCAGUUUGAUGGGUACGCAGCUACGACCGAUGCACCGGGGGGUCAAUUCGUUCCUGAGUUGAUGGUGCUGUACCCAGAUGCAAAGGUCAUAUGUACAGUUCGGGAUCCGGUUUCUUGGGAGACAUCGAUGAGCCAUGUGAUGCAUUAUACGUUCCUUUGGUUUUUGCGUGGUGUUCUUUUUCCUUUGCCGGGGAUGCGGUAUUUUAUGGAUUACCUCGCUUUGGUAGCUGGGCAGUGGAAGAGGCUUUAUGGAGAGGAAAUUCCGACGCGUCAGACUUACUAUCGACAUAUUGAGUGGUUGAAAGAGGUUGUUCCUGAGCAUCGUCUUGUCUUUUAUGAUGUGAAGGAUGGAUGGGAGCCUUUGUGUAAGGCGCUUGGGAAGGAGGUGCCGAAGGAUCGGCCCUUUCCGCAUAUCAAUGAUGGGGAUGCCAUUGAGAGAAUCGCGAAAUUGCAUAUUCGUCGAGGAUUGACGCGUUGGGCUGUGAUUUUUGCUGUUGGUGCGACUGGAUUGGCUUGGUUUCUAUAUCAUUAG